UCACCAACCACACGAAUUCUUCCAUAUAUACACACACAGUCCAAUUCCAUGUUAUCUUCCAGGGCAUUGAGCAUAUUACUUCUAUUAGCAUCAAGCCAUGUUGAGAGCAUUGAGCACAUGCAGGAACCAUGGAGGUUAUGAAAGGUUAGUCGAUGAGCCUGCUAACAUAAGUCUAUUGGAUGGGAAGUUGAAGAGGGCUAAAAGCGUACCAGCUAGUGUUUUUGGUUCAUCAAAGUCACGAAAGUUGGGACCAGAACUGGCCCUUCAAAAUAUUUUUCCAGCGAAGCCUAGCAGCAGAAAGGUUAGCAAGAGUCAUCCACUGUUUAGUCUCUUCAAUAAUCGUAGAAAGAAGAAACCUACAGCUAGGCCAGAAUUUGCUAGGUACUUGCAGUAUGUGAAGGAAGGAGGGAUAUGGCUCUGA